CCCACGCGCGGCCACCGGGCCGGCCCGGACCUGCUCGGUCACCUUGGGCCUGGCGCUGACCUUCCCCGCACCCGUAUCCCCGCCCAGGCCACGGGCACGGCUUCGGCUGUGAUCGGGUAUACAGUUGGCGAUGCAUGCGUGCAGGUCACCCCCCCCCACCCCCGCAGGUGGUCUUUGCUCCUCUCCUUCUGCUCUGGAGAGCUGAUUCUGCCGCGCGGGGAGGGCUCGUGGGUGAUGUCAGGAGUGGGGACCCCCUUUCCAGCUCCCAGAGCUCCCUUUCUCGUGGAGGCCCGUCACGCGUGAUGCCCCGCGGGCAUCAGACGUGCAAGUCGCAUCGCGGGGCUGGCGGCGUCCAGGGGCCAUUGUCUGCGGCCGCGCGGAUCGAUCCGGCGCGCCCUUGGGUCAAAUAUCACUUCCAAAGUCGCCCCGGCACGGGCAGCUGGAGGGACGCCCGGGUGGCUGGGGAUGGCUGCCCUCGCCCGCGGUGGGGGGCUGCUGAACAUGGGGACCUGGGCCUGUCCAUCAGAGGGGCACCCCAUGGGCUCUGGGUCACCGGAAGCCGCCGCCGGAGGGCCAGCAAGGCCACCGGAAUUGACCGCACCCCCCCACUCCGGGGCUGGUGCAGCCUUGGGGCUCCCGGACGAUCCUUUAAACUUUGGGGCCGCUCUAGGAGCGAGAGACCCGUGGGAGAUGCCGACCCCUUUUCGGGGCCCAGCAGGGCGUGGCCUUGCUUACUGGCAGCCGCCGGGGACAGAAAGUCCCUUGGAGAAGAGGUUGGGUGCUCAGGCCAGGGGUUGCUGACCACUUUCUGUCUAGGCAUGCAGAAGCUGGGCUCUGCACCCCCAGGAUCCUUCAGGGCCUUAGAGCAGGGCAGACAGCCCCGUUUCCCAGUUGGAAAGGCAAGACAGAAGGCCUUCCCUGAGCAGACCUGCUCACCCACCCAGGGCCUGGCCAGUUCCGCCUGGCUGCCCUGAUCCUCCACCACCCGCCUGGCUGCUGGCUUUGUUCUGGCUGUGCCUGAGUUCUCUCUGCCCCAGCUGGGCCCCUUCCUGGGGCCUUUAGAAGCCACAAG